AUAUAACGCCGUUGUUUAUAAUAGAGCUAGUUCCUGAACAAAUGCCUUGUCGUACUUUUACUAGUAGUACCUGUAUGCUCUCUGUAUUAAUUAUCUGACAAAAUGGAGAUCAAGACGCUAUGUAUUCUGUUGAUGUUCGUCGGUAUAGCUGUAGCUGUCAAAAAUAGGAUGGAAAAGGGAAUGGCAGGGGGCAUUUUUGACUCUGCUAAACCGAAGUCGAUUCCGCAAGACGUUGUUGAGAGUGCACUGGUGAAAUUCGAAAGUAUGAGGGCCCGCCUCGAAGGGAGAUAUGGCCGUUCAUUGACUAGACCUUCUGUAACACAAGUAAAAGUUCAGGUUGUCAGAGGCUUGAUGUACCAUGUUACAAUCAUUGCCGGGUUAUCACCAACUCCAAAGGAAAGCAAAUCUGUUCGACCAGAAGUUCAGAAGGAUUUCUUUGAGUGUCACAUCAAGGUUUGGAGUCAGCCCAAGAUGAAUUCUGAAAGCUCUCUAUCUCUGAAAGCCCAAGACUUUAGUAUCACAAAGGAUUGCCAAGCAUCGGAUAUAAAAGAUGAAUACCGUGAUCUGUUUGAUAAGUUUCUGAUGACAUUCAAGAGGGAAUACAGACAGAAUGAUGGCACAAAUGAAUAUGAAUAUCGCUACUCAGUCUUUGUGCAGAAUAUGUUGACUGUGGAGAUGUUCAAUCAGUUUGAGCAAGGAACAGCAAAGUAUGGACCCACUAAGUUUGCUGAUAUGACAGAGGCUGAGUUCCGUAAGUUACAGUCAGGCCCUCUCAAGAAAACCGGCAUCAAGAAGCAGGCGGCCAUUCCACAGGGUCCAGUCCCCGAGGAGUAUGAUUGGAGGACUCAUGGGGCGGUCACUCCGGUCAAGAACCAAGGCAUGUGUGGGUCCUGCUGGGCCUUCUCUGCCAUUGGUAACAUGGAAGGGCAGUGGCAGAUCAAGAAAGGGGAGCUCAUUUCAUUGUCAGAGCAAGAGCUGGUUGAUUGUGACAAGGUUGAUGGGGGAUGUGAAGGAGGAGAGAUGAGCGAUGCUUAUGAAGCUAUCAUCAAACUGGGAGGAGCCAUGAGCGAAGAGAAGUACCCAUACCGUGGAGAAAAUGAGAAAUGCAAGUUCAACAUGACUGACGUCCGAGUGAAGAUUAACGGUUAUGUUAAUAUCUCCAAGAAUGAAACAGAGAUGGCUGGAUGGCUUGCAGCACAUGGACCUAUCUCCAUUGGUAUUAAUGCCUUAAUGAUGCAGUUCUACUUCGGAGGAAUUGCUCAUCCAUGGAAGAUCUUCUGCAGUCCUGAUUCCUUGGAUCAUGGUGUCCUCAUUGUUGGCUACAGUGUCAAAGAUGGAGAGCCAUAUUGGAUUGUAAAGAACAGUUGGGGGAAAGAUUGGGGUGAAGAGGGAUAUUAUCUUGUUUACCGUGGGGACGGAACGUGUGGUCUGAAUCUGGAUAAUACCUCUUGCAUUGUGGACUAGAACAACACGGGAUUCUACAUCAAUAUGGAACAUUCCAGCUUUGGUUACUUAAGACAAUUUGAAAUAAAACUAAGUGUCCUAAAAUAUAUUUCAGUCAGUUACUCAGACACGUUUGACUAUCUGUCACAUACACGCACAUAGCAAAUCUCACUAAAUAGUUGAAGAAAAAUGAAUUCUUUGUAACCGUAACCAUGGUUAAGGACAUGACACAAAAAGAACAAGGAUUUUUACUCACUGUUAAUUGUUUGAAAAGUCUGUCAUUUGGGGUGUUUAACAAUUCUAGUUUUGCUAUGAUCAACAGAAGAUUUCUAAUCAUAAUCUGAAUAUAGAUACAUGUUGUAAAACAAUUGGAUUAAACAUAGCUUCCAUCAUGAAAAGCUCUCAUCAGUAAUCAGUGAUCCCUUCAUCACAAUUUCCUACCAAAGAAUAAAAUCUGAAGUGAUUAUGUUGUGAUACUUGUUUGAUACUGAAUAUGUCACAGUAGCACACAUGUUUCCUUCGUUAUUGCUGAUUUUCUGAUUUUGGUAGUGAACAUUUUUCAUUGAAUUGCCCAUAUCAAGAAGAAAAUGAAAUAUUAUUCUAACUUGUGGCAUAGUGGAGAGGGAACUGCAUUUGGAUUAGUAUGCCAAACAAUAAUAAUGACCUAAUAGUAUCUAUUAUCUAAAAGUUCCCCAUUGUACAGACAUUUUAUAGAAACAACUUCCCACUUAUUGCAACAGAAAAUAUUACUACUUUUCUUAUAAUAGCAUCAUAAAAAAUGCACUUAAUAUAAUAUAAUAUGUAAAUAUUUUGUAUACAUGUAGCUUGCUUUAGCUGACAAAACAAGGGAAUUAUAUUUAGAAAUAGGUGUAUUUCAUGCCGAGUAAUAUUUAAGCCUUUAACAGCAUAUGUCGUCUACAUUAUGUUCAUUGUAAGAUCUCCUAUUCUGUGAUAUUUACCAAAGUUCUAUUUUAUAUUAUAAUGAAAACUGGUAUCAUGUGAAAGACCUCAGGGUUACAUUGUGCUGUGUGGUUAUAACCAUAGGCAGUAUGCCCUUGUGGAUGGAUUUUACCAUCAUGUUUGUUGUGUGAAUUAGUGUAAUAAUAAUAAUAUUCAGCCUUUAUAUAGCGCUUAAUACGUCUAUGAUGUCUCUAAACGCUUUACAGAUAUACUAUAAAUAAUAAUAAUAGAUUUUAUUUUCAUAUUACGAAGGUGUAGAUAUCAUGAUAGUACAAGAUGGUUUUGGAUUUUUAUAAUACUUAGAGAUGACUGAUAUAUUUCAUGUUGUUGAUAAUUAUGCAAUGUUAUGAAGCUGUAAUGGAACACAGGUUAAUGGAACUUACCGGUAUGUAGUGUUGAUUUUGGCAUAUCAAAGCUAUUAUGGGCCCUGUUUCAUAAAACUUGUAAUCAAUAACAAGAUACUGUAAUUGUUAAAAGCUACUGAAAAACUACUGAAAUCCUUACAUAAGAUUUGCUAUGAGCAAAUAUGUCAUCGAUCUAUAGCAGUUAGUAUUGACAAAAAGUCGUAUGAAACUGGGUCCUUAUGAUUAUGUCAUUUCACACAGUAAUAAUUCAAGCCUGGUUACUACAUGCAUUACUCUUUUUUACAAAAAUCUUCACUUUCUUCUUUUAAUGACAUAGAUGAUCUAGAUAACAUAAUUUGUGUAUAUUGCUCAGUGUUAUUAUACUCGGUUUUCAGAGCUUUUGUGUAUAAUAAAUGAAAAUUAGUUUUGUGCAUUUGUGCACAGUAUAUUUUAAGAGCUACUGAGAGAAUAUUGCAAAUGGUGCCAGAUUUUCAAAUAUGAUCAAGUCCUAUGAAGUAUUUACAGCAAAUAUCCAUGAAACUACUGGACCAUUUCUAUUUGCAAUUUUGCCAACCCUUCUGAAAAUACGCCCCUUGUCGCCUUUUUUAAAACUUUUAAGUUAUGAAAAAUGCCCAACGUUAAGCAAAUAUCUGCAUUUAUGAGAUUACCCAUUCCUUUUUUUAAUUUAACUAAUAAAAUAUCUUUACCUUGCUUGGAAAGUUUCUGUUUUUUCAAUAUUAGAGAAAUUUGAAGAAAAAAGGUUAUUCAACUGAGUAUAAAAUAAAUGGCCCAAUUUUUUAGGAGGAAAUUUUUGGUCAGAACAAGUCCUCAUAUGUCCAUUUUCGAUUUCGAUUUCGAUUUCGUAAGUGAUAUCUUUUAUCUUGCAUCUAAAUAAAUCUCUUGCUUGUAAUAAUGACUUGAUUAGACAUCCUGUGUUAACCGAUGCUAUUUAAAUUUGCAUUCCGACAUACUGGAUUCAUUUAAAUAUCUUAUGUGUAGGGAUUAAAUAAAUAUGAUUUCAUUAUCAUGUUCUUCUGUUAUUGUUUGUUAAGCUAUAUGUCAGGAAUGUCUAUAUUUUGUAUUUUUCAUAUGUAAAAGAUUGCGCAAUUCGGCUAUGAAAUUUUUACUAAUAAACCAUUUAAUUUUCAAUUUCAA